AUGAUAAAUCUAGUCUUAAUUAUCCAACUCAUUUUUGGAAUAGUCCAAUUUUUUGUGGGAAUUAUGGCAAAUGGAAUCAUUAUACUAGUGAGUAGCCUUGAGUGUAUCAAACAGAAAAGGGCGAUUGCAUAUGACUUCCUUCUGACCAGUCUGGGAAUCUUCAGAAUUUUUCUGCAAGGAUUAAUAAUUUCAUGCCAUAUGAUAUUUUUCUUCACUUUGGAGUUGUAUGUGUCUCAUGAAGCAUUUUUAGUUUUCUUUUUCAUAAAUGAAGUCAACCUUUGGCUUGCUACCAACCUUUGUGUCUUUUACUGUGUUAAGAUUGCCAACAUUGUCAACCCCUUUUUCCUCUGGUUGAAGAGGAGGAUCUCUAGACUUAUGCCAUGGUUGAUUUUGGGGUCACUACUGUUUUCAAUUGCCAUAUCUAUAGCCUACAACCUACUCUAUUGGUCAGGGGCCAAAGAAGAGCUAAGAAAAUUUUUGAUAGGAAAUAUCAGUAGCCAAGCUUUUUUCCAGUAUUUGUUUCCAAUUCCACUUCUUAUUGUGGGAUUGGCAACACCAUUGUAUAUGUUCAAUGCUGCAUCGUUUCUACUGAUCUAUUCUCUGUGCAGACAUAUCAGACAGAUGAGAAGCAGAGCAACUGGUUUCAGAGACCCAAGAACUGAAGCUCAUAUCCGUGCCAUGAAAUUGGUAUUCUCGUUCCUCAUCCUCUAUACAUCCUAUUAUUUUGUGAUAUUGAUAUCAUUUUCCAGUAUUUCCAUAAAGAAAGACAUCUUGAUGCUUUUUUGCUUCCCAGUGGCUGGCUUAUACCCUUCUGGACACUCUGUCAUCUUAAUUCUGGGAAAUUCAAAGCUGAAGCAUUAUACAAAAAAGUUUCUGCUUUCUGCUAAAUACUGUCUAAGAAGAGGUUCAGCACUAGACCUGCACAAACCCAAUAAAGCGUGA